AUGGGCCUCUCCGAAGCAUAUAACUAUUUGACAAGUUUCUAUACCAAAGCAAGACGGAAUGCAAGGCGACAGCGGAGGAGGGCUAACACCUCAGGCGACAGCCUUAGGUCGUCCUCUUCCCAGGAAGUCUUUCAUUCGGCCGUGCUGUCGCCAAAAAAGGUCCGGGAUUCAGGCAUACCCACCGAUAACAGAGGAGAAUCUACGCAGAUAUCAACAAGAACAACCGAGGCACACAGCGACCAUCCUCCUAUGGUCGAGUUGCGAAGUACCAGUGCCGUAAACCUGGUGGCCCAGUUGCAAUCUCACCUGUCAGAAGGGGAUAGCCUUAUGGACAAGCCUGCAGAUAAGCCGCCGGCUAUACCUGAUCGCUCUCCAAAUAGGCCCAAGCUGCCACACGGAUACAAUAAUCCUGACGCGCAGACUACGGCCUAUCGGGAUACCAAGACAACGAACCUCGCCCUCACCACGGGGGAAGAUGUAUACAAUGGCAUGGGGAUAUCAAGCAAGACCAGCAGCUACACAGCCCUGUCGGAACAAUCGAACAUGACCGUGAACCAUGAUCCGUCAAAGCGAGCUUUCAGUCCGUUUGAACCAGCAGUCCCGGUGACACCAUCUGAAGCUUAUUCAAACCCAUUUUCCGACAGUAAAACAAUGAGUGAGCCGUGGGCAGGGUCACGGAAUGUCCUUGUUCCCUUGGGGUCUUCUCAAUGUUUUGCUCAUGAAAUGGAAAACUCGAACAACAGCUAUGAUAACUGUGAUCGAGACCAGGCACUCGGGAGAGGUGGUAGGACGCACUCCGUACGAAGGAGCGGUAGCAGUGCUUCCUCUGCUUCAGCGCGCCCGCGGCUGAUGGAUGGUAGCAUAGAAGAGCGAAGGGGCUUGAUUAAAGCACAGUCACUUCUCAAAUUCAAUGGCUCUGCUCGGUAUCUAGGGCUGGAUGUAAUUAUCUCGAAGGAGGUAUCACCAAUGCCUGGUAUAGAAAACGAUACACCCGCAAGGCAAAGCUCGCUGCUUAACCGGCUGCGUAAGGUCAAGUCUAACCUGACGGUUAAACGUAAGGAUGGCAGUAAACACAGCUUGCGACGUAUCAAAACCAUGGCGAAUAUAAACGCCCAUGCUGAAUUUGGCAUGCUCGAAGGAAGGGCAAUUGAAGAUCUUGCACGACUGGGAGGGGAGAGUAAUAUCACCUUCCCAAGGGAAUAUGAGCCAGGAAUACUCCGUCUUCCCACUUGCAUAGCAGCUCCAAUCCAUUUUCUGCUGCAACAUGGUAGGUCCCCGUGCAACCGAGCCUCUUCUUCAAAAGGGUAUUUGACAGCUGAUGAAAGAUGGUUCUUCCUUUUCAACCAGGCACUUCUGCACCAUACGGCUACGGCAGCGCAUGCGACGAGUCGGUUGUUCUCGCGCUCUACAGCCAUUACGCAAAUCAAAUACGUUCUAGCGCAGAUCCACGACAAGAACUUCACAGAGAUGAGAGACCUGCGAGAUCCUGGCCGGAGGGAAUACAUCAAGGGCGUAGCAGUGCCCGUAGCGGCAAAGGUCCGGAUGAUCACUCUGGCAUUGCUGGCGCUGACGACGGACAUGCAGUUGGAGCUAAUCUGCGCGAUCUUUGGCCUCCUGGCAUUGACUGCAGACGAGUGCGCAGACCGGAAGGUCUCGCACCAGUAUCUUCACCCUCCAGGGACGGGAUCGUGUGAUUUCUGCAUGACACUUCCGACGCCGCGCACUCUGGGACGAGUGUUCGGCUCCUUUUUAUACGAUGUGAAGAAUGUGCGCGAGCUUCAACCGACGGUCCAGUUUAAGCUGGCGGAGGGGACACAGUCAGCGGACGUGGCGACAAUGCUGAUUGAGUUAUGGAAGCAUAUCUCUACACAGCUCCGCAGAUGGGAGGUCCUUGAGAAUGAAUGA